CCAUGCCUUGGGCCACCAUCCUGAUCCUGGCCGGGCUCUGCRGGGCCUCGCUGGGCCAGUACAACGAGGAGGAGGACCUGGCGUGGCUCCAGUACUACCUGCGGCAAUCCCGCGUCUCCUCCUACAACUACAUCCCCUACUACGAGGAGGAAAGCCCCGCGUACGCCUACUCCUACCCCUCYGGGCCCGACACGGAGCCCGAGCCGGAGCCAGAACCGCUGCAAACCCCGCCCUGGCGCUGUCCCCAAGAGUGUGACUGUCCCCCCAACUUCUCGUCGGCCAUGUACUGCGACACGCGCAACCUGCGCUACCUGCCCUUCGUGCCGUCGCGGAUGAAGUACGUCUACUUCCAGAACAACCUCAUCGCCGCCAUCCAGGAGGGCGCCUUCGACAACGCCACCGAGCUGGAGUGGCUGGCGCUGCACAACAACCAGAUUAGCAGCGACAGGGUGGGCAAGAAGGUUUUUGGUAAAUUGAGGCGUUUGGAGAGGCUCUACAUGAACAACAACAACCUGACGCGGCUGCCCAGCCCGCUGCCGCGCUCGCUGAGGGAGCUCCACCUCUCCUACAACCACAUCUCCAAGGUGCCCGCCGGCGCUCUGGAGGGGCUGGAGAACCUCACGGCGCUCUACCUCAGCCACAAYUUCAUCUUCGAGAUGGGCGCCUCCCUCAAGGGGCUGAAAUUGUUGAUUUUGGCCGAUCUGAGCUACAACAACCUGAGGAAGGUGCCCGACGGGCUGCCGGCGUCCUUGGAGCAGCUGUACCUGGAGUACAACUACAUCAACACCAUUCCUGAUGAGUAUUUCCAGGUGUCACCAAGGCUCCUGUACCUCAGGAUGUCCCACAAUGGYCUGACCAACCAAGGGCUGUCCAGCAACACCUUCAACAGCAGCAGCAUCCUGGAGUUGGACCUGUCCUACAACCGGCUGAGGAAGAUCCCGCGYGUCAACACCAACCUGGAGAAUCUCUACCUGCAGGGGAACCGGAUCGACG